UUGAUUUCUGUCCCGCUGACUUGCUCCCAUCUGUCAUUUGUAGAUGUAGACUUAAAGGUUCUGCAGGGUUUUUCUGUCUUUCACUCUCUGCGCUUGUAUUCCUCUCUGUCACCAUGGGCAGCUAUAGCUCAGCCCUCAUUCCUGACACUGAGGAGUUUGUUUCAAUUGUGUCUGUCACGGAGAAGCUGAAUGAGCAGGCAGCUCGAGCUGCCGAUGAGAGGUUACAGUCAGAGCUUCGGACUCUGGGAAGUAUACAUUUUUAAUGAUAGCCAUCUACAAGUCAAGCCAUUCCAUUUCUACAUCAUCCUGUUUGUUUGUAGCUCGGCGCUGUGUUUGAAAAGAGUGUGUGGUGUGGUCUGUUUGUGUCCCUCUGUCCUUGGGAUAAAUUUAACUUUUCUGAGCUGCCUCAUACACACACAGACACGUACAGCUGCAGAAGAUAUCUACUUUGGCUCCUUACUUAAAACAAGGUUAAAAGGUACUUGCCCUGUAGUAAAUAGGUCCCCCCUUUUUUUGUAAUUAUGUUGAAAAUCAUCUUCUGGGACUAAGUAGCACUGAAAGCUAGAACAACAUUUCAGUGUUUAAUGUAUUUUACUUAUCAGAUGUCUCAAACUAGACUUGAUUUACAGGUAACACUCAUGAUGGAGGAGGAACGAAAGAAAACCCAGAGUGAAGCGAUGAAUUCUGCAAAGCAGCGGGAAAGUACUCAGGAAACAGCUGAGAAUGGAUCCAUCCUGCCUGCAGCAGAAACCAAAAUUGGGCCCACAGAGACUUUCUCCUCUCUCCUGCCAAAGGCCCUGUCUGCUGUGCUGCACCCAGCUCUGCCCGCAGGCAUCGACUCAGACUCACGGUCGAGCAGAAACCCAGAAGAGCACGCAUCGCCAAACCUGGAACAACUGCACACAGAGCUGAGAGACCUGAGGGGCCAGUUUGAACAGAUGAAGAGUCAGCACAACAAAGAAAUCAAACUGCUGAUGAAUGAGCUCGAUGAGGAGAAAAGGAUUCGCUUAACUUUACAGAUGGAAAUUCAACGUAUGAAGAAGCACAUGUCCAAAUGAGCAAAGAAGAUGACCCUUUCUCCGUUUGAAGUUAAAUCAUCAGAUUUCUGAUUUACCUUUUUUUUUGGACUGCUGAGUGGGCUGACCGAGAGGGCUGAAUAUUUUUUACUGAGUCACCGCUGAAAGUGCAAAGAUGAGACAAAGUGGAAGCAGACGGCCUCUGGAGAUGAGUACAGCACGGCUCAGUUACCUAUCAAAUAUUUUGUAUUUAUUUCUGAAGAUUUGCCAGAUUACCAAAGCCAUCCUUAAAACAUUCUUGAUGGGGAAAAUGUAAUCUCAAAUAUUUUGAGGUUUCCGUUUUGAGUGAUGAUUCAUACUGGGGAUUAUUGAACAGGUUUUUCCAUCAUUUUUUUCCUUUAUCAAACUGUGACAGUAACUCUGGGAGAGAGGAGGAUGAGAAAUCACAGCCAACAGUUAAUUUACACAGAUGAACACUAACUAAUACUUUGUUUGUAAUAAUGUAAUGUGGACAAACAAGCAUGAAGCUUCAUUCAAAUUUUAAGCUUGUAAAAAUAUACUGGUUUUCCUUUUGAUUGCACAAAUACUGUAAAUCUACAGGU